GAAAUAUUAACCAGGUGUUCCUAUUGCCUUCUCUCCAUUUCAUGAAAUCUGUUCAUCUCGAUCAUUUUCCGCGUCCUCAGCGCGUAUAUCGUGCCUUCUACGUCAUGAGGGGAUAGUAAACGACAACAAUGCUCUUGCUAAAACCAUCUUCCCGGUAGGGUGUUGGUUGAUUAGACCUUUUCCUGAACUGGACGCAUGGCUCCCGUCCGGCGCCCCGCACAAUAGACUGCUAAAGAGGGGACAGUGUUGCCAUCUCUGUUGCUUUCCGAAGGUGUUUUUGUGUCGGUAGAUGAGAACUUUCCCGUCCGACCCGAUGGCUGGACACGAGUGGAAAGAUUGGUUCGAACGGGAGGAAUUUAUCGGACAGAUCAGCGAUAUCCGAGUGCAAAAUCUUCAAGUGGAAAGAGAAGUUGUCCAGAAGAGGACCUUUACACGAUGGAUGAAUCUGCAUUUGGAAAAAUGUAACCCUCCCAUGGAGGUCCAAGAUCUGUUCCGGGACAUUCAGGAUGGUCAGAUCCUUAUGGCCCUGCUAGAGGAACUGUCCGGAUGCAAGCUGCUCCAUGGUUUCAAGAAAUCCUCACAUCGCAUUUUCAGACUCAACAACAUAGCGAAGGUCCUCACUUUUCUGGAAGAAAGAAAUGUGAAGCUAGUCAGUAUCGAUGCUGCGGAUGUCGCUGAUGGCAACGCAUCCAUUGUUCUUGGGCUCAUCUGGAAUAUUAUUCUCUUUUUCCAGAUCAAAGAGCUGACUGGGAAUAUUAAGAGCCAGUUCCCCUCCUCCUCCAGCCUCUCCUCCAUCCCCACCAGCUCUGACUCAGACACCUCCCACCCCAGCACGCCCUCUGAGGAGAGACGGCCCUCCAUUGCCAUGCGGGAUCAUGGGAAAGUAAUCAAGACCCUCCUGCAGUGGGUCCAGAGGCGGACCAGGAAGUAUGGCGUGGCGGUGCAGGACUUUGGGAAGAGCUGGACCAGUGGCCUUGCCUUCCUGGCUGUCAUCAAGUCCAUCGACCCCACCCUGGUGGACAUGAGAAGAUCUCUCCUGAGGACGGCCAAGGAGAACCUAGAGGAUGCCUUCAGGACCGCCCACUACAGCCUGGGCAUACCACGCCUACUGGAACCUGAAGAUGUAACAAUCAACCCUCCGGAUGAGCAGUCCAUCAUGACUUACGUGUCCCAGUUCCUAGAGCACUUCCCUGGGAUAGAGGAGCCGCAGGACGUUUCCGAGGUUAUUGAAAGAAGUGUGUCCAUGGGCAGACUCAGCUCUCGAAGCAGUGACUAUGAGCUGAUGAGGAACGGUGUGCACCGGAGUCGGCAGCGAGAGCGGCCAUACGUGGUACGCAAGGACUGGGUCCAGCCACCGCCCAAAAUCUUCGUCUCAACUGUGUCCGACGACAAGGAGGCCAUGUCGCCAACCUCCCCGACCAGCCUUUCCUGGGCCAGUGAGGACUUGUCAGGGCAGUCCACUACCAGCCCCAAUGGAAACCCCCAAGAUGAAGGGAAGGAGGUCUUCACCAUCUUAACUUCAAACUCCCCACAGCCAUCCUAUGUUGACUCUGUUACCAGUUCUUCAGCGGCAGAGUCUGUCAUCUGUGAUUCUGCCAUCGGCUCGCCAGACUCCUGGGCCGAGAGCGAGGCAGCGACACCAGACCGGUUUGGAGAGAGCCGUAGUGAGGGAUCACCCACUGACAGCGUCAUGGCCUUGGAUGCCAACCUCCCUCCCUCAACCCCUGAAGAGGUCACUCUUGAGGGGCAGCUGUUGCCGUCGGUGACAGGGAAACCCCAGGAUGAGCAAUCCCUGCCAGAGCUGUUUAUUGAUGAGGGAAUCUACUCACUCAGCUCAUUAGAUAGCACACUGGAAAGGGGAAAAGACAGCUUAGAGAAACAGGAAAUUGAGAAAAAGGAGCAUGAGCAGGAUGAUGCCUCCAGCCACAUCCUGGACGGGUCUUUUGAGCACAUGCCUGAUCAAAAAGAAUCCUCAAACAAAACUCAGAGGGACUCUAAACAAAGGGGCAUGAGCACAGGUCAGAGAAAUGUACAUCCCAGUCAGAGAGAACCAUCUUUAAAACUCUCUGAUAUUCCACAACAGACUGAACCUGUGGAAACUAGCCAGUCACCACACAGCUUUGAUCGAGUGAACCCUGACACCUUUGAGCCAAUUGAAGAAGUAGAAAGUGUUGAGGAGAGAACAGACAAGGAUUUGGAAUGUUCAAAAGACAUGGUGGAACAAGAAGCUUAUGUAGAAAAGAGGUUAUUUAGUCAAAAAUCUGAUAGCCUUGAUCAAAACGAGAUUAUAGGUGAAGUUGAGGUGGAAAGUGUAAGUGUGACCAAACACAGAACAGCCUCUGUUUCAGAGCGAGAAAGAGAAGAGGAACAAUUAAAGGAUGUUGUAGAUAAAAGGCAAGAUGAGGUUACUAAAGGAGCAGAAACACAAAAUGGUCACAAAGAACCACAAGAAAAUGCUUGCUCGGAGUUGAAUGAUAUAAUGGAACAAACAGAUACACAGCCAUUUCAGGACAUGGAACAGAUUCAGCCCAGCCAAGCCGGAUCUAAAGAAGGAGGUUUGAACGCUGAGGAGAACCACACUGUUCAAACAGACUCUCAAACAUCUGUACUAGAUGCAGUCUAUCGUCAAUCCUCAACAAGUGAUUUACCAGAGGGCGGUGUGGAGAGAGAUGAGAAGGCUGGAGAUGAAGACCUAGGAGAAAGUAGGUCCUCUGGAGGUCACCAAAUUAACGUGACUGCUGAUACCCCUGAUGGCCCUAGGCCUACUGACGCAAGUAGUAAUGAACCAAACUUUGCAGGAGUGGCUGAUGAAAUACCUGAGAGUGCCAUCUGUAGACAUGUAGAAAGUAGACAUGAUGAUUCCAUAGAACCCACUGAUUCUAUUGUUUCUACUGUGAUUCAGGCCACAGACAACACAAUAGAAACUCAACAAUAUCCUCUUGGGUCACCUUUGGAUCAGGUGAACCAUCUUCACAACAUAGAGGUUUCAGAUGUCAACCAGGCUUGUGACAACCCUGUCACAGAAGUGGACCACAAUGAGGUUGAGUCACACACCCUAGCCAAUGCCAUAAACACUCUCAGCCACCCUGCUCAGUCUGAAAAGAAGGAAGAGGCAGAGACUGAUAUCACAGGCCCCUCCAAUGGUGAUCGAGAUGAGGCUAUUUCAGAUAAACACAACAUAAACAAAAUGGCAGAUACAGACUACAAUGGAUCCAGGCUUGUGGAACUGGCGAAUGACAAUGAAGUGGCAAAAAUUGAAAAGAAGGCUGUGAGUGAAUCAGCAGACUUGUUCUAUGCAGAUUUAGAUAGGAGUUCUCCUCUAGAAGAACUAAUGAGUGAGCCUUUGGACCCAAUGGAUUUGUUUUACCCAGAUAAAGAAGAAGCCAUGUUGUCAGACCAGCCCGAGCGGGAGGAGAGUAUGUUCUCUUCCUGCUUCAGUGUGUCUGCUCUACAGCCUGCGCCAGCCUCAGAACCACUGAACACCCAUAGUCUGCCGGAGACACACCCUCCCAGUCUGACAGAAUCACACUCAUCCAACCCGCUAGGUGAAGUGGAAAUUGGAGAUGGCUCAACUAGCCAAGAGGACAGGAUGAUGCAGGGACGGGAUAAGAUGGCUGAGGAGACCCAUGAGGGUGCCGGUGAGCAAGGUAAACCCCAGGAACGGUGCACCCUUCUCAAGGACCAAUCCUCUGGAUCCUUGGGUGUUCUGGAAGAGUUGGAGGCUGAGUCUCAUCAUGCUGCUAAACACAGUGAUCUCAUCAAAACUGACGAGGAGAAAUUAGCAGCUGCCAGAGAAAACAUGAAGUCUAUGAGGGGAGGAGAAGAAAGUAAUGGAGCAAAACUAGAAAAACAGCUUUCAAGUCUUUGCCACAGGAAGGUGGAAGAAUCUGAUAAGUUACGGGACAAUCAGAAGAGUGUGGCCACCAGCCAAACUCAGAGCACCAACUCCAAAACCAGCCGAAAGGAGUCAAAGGUUUCUGCAGCAGCUGAGUGUUUGAUGACAAAGUCAGAGCUGUACAUGCUGCUGAUCAUGUGGCUCAUCCUCUACUGCCUGUUGGUGCUGCCACAGAUUGACAUCCGAACCCUACCCAGCCUAUUAUUUAACCUGGAAGACUGAACACACACAAAGAGAUACAUAUACAAUACACUGUUUAUAUACUUUCUUAAUGCACUUCUUUAAAGCAACACACAGUACAGUGCACAUACUUGUGUGUAUGUACACAUAAAGCUUGGGUAUAUUCUCCAAUCAUGAUUACACUGCCCCCUCCUCUUUUAAUUUCAGUACAUUUUUAUAUCCACAAAUGAAGGCUUUUAAAACUUAAUAAUAAUUAAGAGCUUAAAAAAAUGAGGCUUCAAUUGAGGAAUAGUUUUCUACAAUUAAAAAAGAUAAAUGAAAACACCUUACUGUGUUUCUAAACUGUACAGAAUACUGAGCAGGAUGAUACAGCACACAUGGUUUAGGAAAAAAGUACAUAACAUGAAUUUAUAUACCUACCCAAUUUUCUCAUGGCAUAUUCAUAAAUAAGGUAUUUAAGGUAUGGCUAAUUUCCUUUUGAAUAACACAUUUGAUAAUAGGAAGCGUGAAUACCGGUUACUAGUUCAGUGGAGGGUCUUAAUUAAUAACAUCACUCUGUAUACUUGGUUAAGGAUUUUGGUGUGCUUGUUGCAUUUUAAAACACAUAAUGUAAACUGCCAAAGAUAGUGUUUGGAUUGCUAACAAAAAGAAAACACAAGAAAAAUAUUUUUAAAUAUAUUUUCAUCAGAGAUGAAGUUGUCCUGAAGUAAUUAUAAAUAUGUUUAAGUUUGUUUUAUGGUUUGACAAUGCUCACACACAUACAUAUUUUAAUGUUAUAUGGUCGGUUGAAAAUAUGAACUUUGUUGAUUAAUUCCAUUUAACAUGCCUUUAAUGUAUGCCAUUUGGGUUUUCAGAACCUUUGUAAUUCAGCUAUGCUUGAGCUUGAGACCAUGUGAAUGAAAUGAGAAUGCUUUAUAAUUAAAUAGUUUUUUGUUGUUGUUUUAUGACCAUAAUGAAGUAUGAUUAUUUUUUUAGUUAUUCAACCAAGUUUAGAGUCCACUGUACCACCGCUAUAUCCCACCCACAAGCACAAUAUUCACAUUUUGAACAAAUUAACUUUCAAUUGAAUGAACUUUCAAUGUUUUAUGUUACUGUGUGUCUAUAGUAUGUGCUAAAGCCAUACAUGUCUCUGUGUGAAAGGGUUAAUAAAAAGCCAUGAAUCCCCUGUGAAAUAGAUCACCUCUAUAGCAUUACACAUCUAAAUCUUCAGUGUAUGGACGGAUUUUGUGGUAUUCUCAAACUGUUCUGCAUGAUUAUGCCUACAAGACACAAUCCUCUCUUUCGUUUCUGAAAGGACUGACCUAGUAAGCUUCAGAAGUGGCAUCUUGCUUUUGUAUUGGAACUCAGCCUGUUCUAAUUGUGUCAAAGGCACCAGUCAAGUGCAAUAAAUUACAUGUUUUACCC